UCCAUGAGCUCCUCUCUAUCCUGGAAGCGUGUGCGCUCUUCAGUCUGACGCGUGUAAGUGCACUUCCGGUGAUCUCAGCGCUAGAAUGGCCGCAGUGUUUACGUGUUGUUUGGGCUGCUGCGGGGACGGUGGACCGGGUCAUGCGCCCCUCAAAGAAAUGCCCACCGUUCAGCUAGACACUCAUCACAUGGGGACGGAUGUGGUCAUCGUUAAAAGCGGGAGGCGGAUCUGUGGAACCGGAGCCUGUCUCGCCAACGCCCCUCUCCACCAGAACAAGAGCUAUUUUGAGUUCAAGAUCCAGUCCACGGGUGUUUGGGGGUUUGGUGUGGCCACGCAGAAGGUGAAUUUGAACCAGGUGCCACUGGGACAAGACAGCCACAGUUUGGUUCUCAGACAUGAUGGCUCCAUCUACCACAACAAUGAGGAGAAGAACCGAUUACCUGCCAACAGCCUGCCUCAGGAGGGGGAUAUAGUGGGCCUGACCUAUGAUCACGUGGAACUGAAUCUGUCGUUAAAUGGGAAGAACAUGAACUGUCCCGCCUCAGGUAUUCGGGGAACUGUAUACCCCAUAGUUUAUGUGGAUGACAGUGCCAUCAUAGACUGCCAGUUCAGUGAUUUCUACCACACUCCCCCUGAAGGCUUUGAGAAGAUCCUGUUUGAACAGCAGAUCUUUUAAAUCGUCUGCUACUUGUGCAGAAACACACACCUGAGUGUGCUGAAGAAGUGUGUGUGUCUCUUCUAUUUCAAUGUUGCUUCUGCCUAUGCUGUUACUGCUGCUCUAGUCCAUCUGGAAAACAAACCAGGCUUUAUUUCUGCUGUGUGUGUGUAUAUGAGUACAUGUGUACACACACAAGAGAAUCUACAACCUAGAUAACACUUUACUUAAGCACUGAAGACACUUAAUAGUGAUAUCUACUUUCUGUAAUGGGUUAUAUUGACAAACUGAGCUAUUAUUUAAUGACAAUGUACAGUGAUGAGCUUUGUGUUCUUCUUUUUGUUUAUUUGUUUUGUUGACUUUCUAUAUCUACACCAAUAUCAGCUUGAAGGAACCAAUUGUAUUUGCACUAGUUGUGUGUGACUGAGAAUCAAACCAAACCUCUCCUUUGCAAAUGGAUGAUCAGUUUAAUUUAUUAUUUGAGUCAUUUGGCAUGUGGGUCAUCUGGAGUAUAUUUGAUGUCUUCUGUGAUCUCUAUUGCACAUUAAAUAAGCGACUUUGGGGUGGAAAAUAGCCUUGAAUAUAUUUCAGACAUGCAUGAAUGUUUUUAACAUAAUCGACUAUGUUUAUACUAUCGUUUGGAGCUUAUAGCGCAUUAGACUGAUGAUAAAUAUUUAACAGAACAUUCCUUUUUUUUGCAUUCAGUUGGUUUUUCCCCACUGAUUAUUCAUAUCGUUAAAGCAACAUUCAUCUCAAAUAUUAACCUAAUUUGCUUGGCGUCUGCUGUAACGUUAUCUAUUCCAACACUAAACCAUUCUUAAUCAUUUUUCAGUUUUAGCUGUAAUUGAUUUCACAACUCGUUCUGCAAUCUAAAUGUGAAAAGGUCAUGUGGUUAUCCAAAGACAGUGUAGUUUUCAGAGUUGCUUUAAAAACGUGUAAGACUUUUUUUGGGGGGUGUUGCUGAGAAAGCCUGAAUUCUCUCUGUACACUGUGUCUUAUAGUACAUUCCACAAGUGCUGUAUUUAAAACUGAAGUAUUCUGUCUGUCAAAUAAUCGUAGUAUGAAAUGAUGACUUGCCAAAUAAAAUGGUGGGAGUAUUGUGAACAUUUACAAACCAGUCUGUACAAAAAUAAAGUGCUAUAUUUCGCUAAAAUUCAAAA